GCGCGAAGCGGACGCGUUUCUCUCUCUUUUUCUCCUCCUUCAGGCGUUCGGCCAUCGAUCGAUCCUCCCGUUCGACAAAACUAACUAACAAACAAGCAAAAAAGCCCAAGAAACAAAUGCAAAAAACAAACAAACCGAAUUCGAGCAAAACAAACAGCAAACACUGCUUGCAAAUCGAACAAAGUUUAAUUUAGAAGAAGGCUACAACAAAAAAAAAAAAGGAAAGGAAAAAGAAACGAAAAAAAAAAAACGCAAGCAACACGGAAAGAACCGCUUGCAAAACGGUUAGCGUAGUGAUCAACACGCUUUUUGUGUCCUUUUUCUUUGUUUUUUUUUGUUUUUGAUAUUUUCUUUUGUGUGUGCUCCACUUGCGAUCGUUAAUUGUUGACCGCGUGCAACGCCCCCUCGUCCCCCGCUGGCUGUCAUUAACGUCAACCCAUCAGCAACAUUGGCAACUUCGGUUGCAAAAGCAACGGCAACGGCAACAACAACUGCAACAGCAACAGCAGCAAGAGCAGCAGCAACAACUGCAACAGCAACGUGCACCAGCAGCAGCAGCAACAACAAAAUCAGCGGGCAGAAGUAACGGCCACCGUUCGUUCGAGUGCAACUGUUUUCGAAAGUUGCCGCUAACGCAUCCUGUUUGUCAACCUUCGGAAUUCGAAAUUGGAAUCGGAACUUUAACUGGAACAGCCAGCGAAAACGGUGGAAUUGGGCCAAGGACCUAGACGAAACAUCAAAUCAGCAGCAGCAGCAACAAGCACAGUAACGGCAGCAACAUGCAACAUCAACAUCAGCAGCAGCAGCAGCAGCAACACAAACAAGUGCGAUGCAGAAAUCUACGAAGAAACGUAGAAAUCGGUGCUAAGAAGAUUUGGCUGCCGCUUAUCAUUUUCCUUUCACUGCAGGUGGCACUCGUCUGCGCGGACGACGUGGAGGUGGUGAAGGCCAUUGCCGGCGGACCCGACGACGAUCUGACCAUCGCCCUGGGCGACCACGAGAACGAACUGGACCAGAUGGCCCAGGAGUCCGAGCAGGAGCAGCAGGCACAGGCGCAACAGCAGCAGCAGCAACAGCAGCAACAGCAGCAACACCAGCAGCAGCAGCUGCCGCAGAUCCAAAUGCAGUUGCCGCAGUCGGUGCCCAAGGUGUCGGUGCACUACCAGCACAACAUGCCACAACCGCCGCCCAGCGUCUCCGUCGGCCUCACCAUGCGCAACAACCACCAGAACAUUCCGCUGAGCUUCGGCCAGCCGUUCGGACCUCCGCCGCCGCCGGGCGCGCAGUUCUACAAGGGACCCCCGCCGCCGCCGCAACUGCAGCAGCGACCGCAACAGCAGCAGCAGCAGCAGCAGCAGCAGCAGCAGUCGCAGCAGCAGCAGCAGCAGGGGCAGCAGGUGCAGGUGCAAGUGCCCGAUUUAAGUGUCGGCGGAUCGAGCAACAACGAGAUCUGGGCGGCACCCGUGCAGGACAUGCCGAAGAUCGUCUCCCUGGACGUGAAGUGCGAGAAGAAUGGGAUGAAGGUGUUCGUCCAGUUCGACAAGCCCUUCAACGGGAUCGUCUUCUCGAAGGGGCACUACAGCAACAUGAACUGCGUCCACCUGCCAUCGGGAUUGGGUCGCAGCUCGGCCAGCUUCGACAUUGGACUCCACGAAUGCGGCACCGCCGGCAAUACGGAUAACUACAAUCAGGGCUAUGGCCACGAGUCGGGGAGUACGGGCGCGGGCACCUACUUCGAGAACAUCAUCGUCAUCCAGUACGAUCCGCAGGUGCAGGAGGUGUGGGAUCAGGCGCGCAAGUUGCGUUGCACGUGGCACGAUCAGUACGAGAAGAGCGUGACCUUCCGCCCCUUCCCCGUGGAUAUGUUGGAUGUGGUGAGGGCGGACUUCGCCGGCGAUAACGUGGGAUGCUGGAUGCAAAUCCAAGUGGGCAAGGGACCCUGGGCUUCGGAGGUUUCCGGCCUGGUGAAGAUCGGCCAAACGAUGACCAUGGUGCUGGCCAUCAAGGAUGACGAUUCCAAGUUCGAUAUGCUGGUGCGGAACUGUGUGGCCCACGACGGCAAGCGGGCGCCCAUCCAGCUGGUGGACCAAAGGGGCUGUGUCACUCGGCCCAAGUUGAUGUCCCGCUUCACGAAGAUCAAGAACUUUGGGGCCUCCGCCUCGGUGCUGUCGUAUGCCCACUUCCAGGCCUUCAAGUUCCCCGAUUCGAUGGAGGUGCACUUCCAGUGCACCAUCCAGAUCUGCCGCUACCACUGUCCGGAGCAGUGUUCCGCGGAGACGAACCUCCAGGAUGUCCACCACCUGCAAGUGGGUCCCGAAUCGCAGUACGGACCACCGCCCCAGCUGCACGUGGAUGCCUACCAUGUGGCCAGUGCGAUUGGCAAGCGGAGGGACGAGAGGCGGGUUCAGAGGAGAGCAAGAGCCGUGCCGGAGCCACAAGUGGGUCUCAACAGGAUCAUCAAGGUGGUCUCCUCGGGCGAUCUGACCUUUGCCAUCGACGAACAGGCCGGCAAUUCGAGUUCCUUGAACGGAUCGAGUGUGGAUCGCACGGGACCGCAGACGAUGGUGUUUCCACUCAGGGAGGAGGGUUUGAUUUGCAUGACCACGCCGGGAUUCGCCAUCACGCUGAUCGUGCUCCUCGGCAUCCUGGUCACCUCCUGCCUCACGUCCGCCGUCCUCUACGUCCGACUGCGUCCGUUCGCCUCGUUUGCAGCCAGCGCCAAGGAGCGGGCCGUCGCCUUCACGAAUCCCCAGCUGGCACCGCUGCCAGUCAUCCAGCUGCCCUCGCCGGCGGACCUUCCCCCCGGCACGCUCUCCAAGAAGCGGGCGAUGUCCUCGUGAACACGAUGACCCCGACUGUGCGACUGUCAGGGGAUCGGAAUUCCAGUGGCCACUUGCUGGUUCGGUGAUUGGUUUUGGGCGGCACUCGGCGUCCCUUCUUGAAUGGCAGCAGGGUUUCUAUUUGAAGCAGGAUAAAAAUUAUAUAAGUAUAAAAUUAAAAUAUUUAUAAAAAAUUCAAACACUCCGAUUUGAAUUGACUAAAAAAGGUUAGAGUUUCAAACAGAGCAAGAAAAAAAACAAAAUUAAAAGUAUAUUUCAGGUAUUUUUUUUUGGUAAUAAUUUUUAAAUCUAUUCGAAAGAGAAUUCAAUUGACUUCCACACAAUUCACGAAAUUUAGAACGAUAAACUAUUUUGAUAUAAAAAAAAGUUUCAAACUUAAAAAAAUAAUUGGAAGUUUUUUGGCAUUUCAAUGAUCUGUAAAGAUUUUAUUUAUUUGCUAUAGUCACAACAGUAAAAAUUUUACAAGUGGUUUAUUUAUUAUUCUUAUAAUUCGAGUCCGAAAAUCUAAAUCACCGUUAACUUGAGACCCUCACUUCAAAAAUGAACUGCCAUUAGUGCCUUCACCAGUUAUCGAAUUUCGUGUGCGCUUCCGUUUCCGGUUUCCAGGUACAGUUGUGUCUGCGUCUGCGGCUCUUAAAUUUGUAGCGUACACUUCUUUAGAAUAAUUUUUGAUGCAAAUCACUUAACAUUAACUGAAGCCGUUUACUGGGUUCUCCUCUUCCAUCCCUUUUCCCCAUUCAAAAGCCCAUUUAAGUCACCACUUUUAUUAAUCCACUUUCCAUUUUCCAUUUCCCUUCUCUCCAAAUGGUGGCAGUCGAUAAUCGAUUAUUUUUGUUUUAGUUUAAGCCUAGGUUCUAUUUCAUGUAAAACGGUGCUAAGCCAUGAUCAGCCCAUCAUAUAUCCAUCUGACCAUCUGACCAUCACUUGUAGCUUUCUUCAGCAUUUGAGCCGAUACAAUCCAUUACUUAGAGUAUUUCUUGUAAGACUCUCUUAAGACUUUGUAGACACGAAUACACACAAACACAAUCAUGUUUUGCACACACAACCACACAACCACACAAGGAACACACACACACAUGCAUAACAAAUAUACACUUGAAUUAGUCACUAAAUAUUUUAAGCGCUUUAAGCCGUAGACUAAGCCGAAAACUUAUGCUUCCCACUGUUAGCCAUUCCCGAAGUCCCUGGAUCUACUUAUAUCAGUUAGUACGCCUAGUAGUCCACUUAUUUAUUUGCAUAAUGAUUUAUGAAUAUCGCAUACAUACCCACAUAUAUACCGCCUUAUAUAUAUCUUCGAUUUUUUUUGUCUACUUUUAUAAGCCGAGCAAAGCGAGAAAAGAAAGUGUUCAAUAAAUUGUUUAG